AUGCGUUUCACAGUCCUAGGCCACAGCAAUGUUCGCAACUUGCUCUUGAACCUACAAAAGGAAACACUACUGAGUAUCCAACGACUGGGCCAUGCUCUCGAAGCUCUUGUCGAAGAACUUCGGGACGAUGAUCAGAGUAAAUGGCAAUAUCCUGCAAAUGUCCAUUCUCGAUCCUACCAUUGA